AUGUCCAUCUCAAUGCUUAAUUCACUCGGAUCUCAGUCGCAGGCAGGCCCUCAUCUUGAUACUUCCCUCAUCGAUGCAAUUCAUCCACGAGUUUCAAAGCUCUAUACACCGUCAAAUACCCCACUAGAGAUCAACCCAAGACUCGUCGCCGAUGUGGGACCCGUCGUGGCCGGUAUUUCCUGGGACGCUGGACAAAACCCCUGGUUAUACGCUCGCUUUCCCACUGGGGACCGAUUGCCACUCGCCGUCCUGUUGGAACCCGCGACGGAACCGCGUUUAAAUCGACUGGUUCUCGAGAUUGCUACUCCGAGAUAUCCUUGGGCUAUUGAGGUCGUGGCUCCACCUGGUUGGGCCGUCACAAUUGGGAUUGUUCUGGAGGCUAUUUACAAGAACUUGCAAAUGCCAGUACAGGAUGAUGUUUUAGGUGGGGCGGACGUCAGCGAUUCCGUACGCUCAGAAAUAUGGGAAGCCUGCGAAUGCCGGAUGGGGGCGCAGAAGAUUGGACACAUCAGGCGGAUCGAUUUGCUCAGAGGCAUCCAGGGCUUCAACGGCCUGAUACUACUCGAUGUCUUCCAGCAGCAGGUUGUACGGGACCAAUAUGCGGUGAACGAAAAUGUUAGGGUUUUCCGUCUCGCGUUGGACUGCUUACCGGCACAAAUGUUCCGGAAGCAUCUGGCAGCGUUCAUCAAGUCCACUGAAGAUGAUGAUCGACUGUGA